GGCGGGACCGGGAGAUACCGGACGGGGUUUGACCGAGAUUUGGGCUGACCGGGUGAUACCGGACGGGGUUUGACCGAGGUUUGGGCUGACAAGUGUCGGGGGCAAACGGCCGGGAGGUGACAACGCCCAGAGGGACGUCCCCGGUGGGAGACCGGGAUGCGAUGGGUGAUUGGGUGUCGGGGGGCGCCGGGUGUGGGGGUGCCGAGGUGACAGGUCGGGGAUAGGGGGGCAGAAGGUGCCCCCCAGCAGCUCUGGGUUCCCUGGGGGUGUUCCUGUGCGUGGGGUGGCUGAUGGGGAUGGGGAAUGGGGGCUGUUCCCCUCACAGGGAGCGCUGCCUCGGCCGCUCUCGGACAGCGGGCGGUCCCCAAGGCGCUGUCCCAGCCGGAUCCCCCGGCGUGCUGAGCUUUGGGGACCCGGGUGUCGCUGGCAUGGAGGAACAUCUCCGGGGAUGGCCCUGUUCUGUUUCCUGGGUUACUGCCUCCACCAGGGACUUCUCGACCUGGGAUAGGAAUCUGGUCCCCACCUGUUCCCUCCGGUGUGGGCUGGGGGAACCAGCAGGGACCGGGCUGAGCGAAGCCGAGCUCACGGGAGGGCUGGAGAGAGGCUGGGUGACACCGGGGGGGCGAGGUUGGAAGCCGGGGUCCCUCUGGCCCCCGGCGCCGGCCGAAACAGCCCAGAGCAGAGCCGGCCUGGCCGCUCCCACCGAACCCAGCCCGUGCCCGAGGGCCGGGGCCAUGUUCCUGCCCAAGCGAGCAGCCUGGGAGGAAGGAGGGGGAGUGCGAGAGGUGAUGGAGACCUGUGGGCGAGGUGUGGUGCGGGUGUCCCCUCGGACACAUGUUGGAGCUGGCGGCAGGGGACUGACCACUUGUCUGUGCCACCCUGGCUCCACCGUGCUGGCAGGGGUUAACACCGGACUGUUCCACUCGGAUGGUUCAGGCAGAGAAGGGAGGAGGAAGAGGAGGAGGAGGAGGAGGGGAAGGAGGAGGAGGAGGACGACAAGGAGGAGGGGGAGGAGGACGAGGAAGAUGUCACCCGUCGAUCUGUCAUUUCUCUUUUCCAGCCAGCAUGGGAGACACUGCUAGCACCAAGCUGGGCCAGUGGUGAGACAGGAGGGGGUAGGGAGGAACAUGAUGGAGAGGGGGGGGCGAAGGUGAAGGCAGCCCCCCCCUCCCAAAAUAUCCCCUACCCUAUCGAGCCAUCGCCAUGGCGACGAAUUUUAACGACAUCAUCAAGCAGGGCUAUGUGAGGAUGAAGAGCAAGAAGCUGGGGAUCUACCGGCGCUGCUGGCUGGUAUUCCGCAAAUCCUCCAGCAAAGGGCCCCAGCGCCUGGAGAAGUACCCGGAUGAGAAGUCGGCGUGCCUGCGGGGGUGUCCCAAGGUCACCGAGAUCAGCAAUGUCAAGUGCAUCACGCGGCUGCCCAAGGAGACCAAGAGACAGGCGGUGGCCAUCGUUUUUACCGACGACUCCGCCCGGACCUUCACCUGCGACUCAGAGCUGGAGGCGGAGGAGUGGUACAAGACGCUGUCGGUGGAGUGCCUGGGCGCCCGCCUGAACGACAUCAGCCUGGGGGAGCCCGACCUGCUGGCGCCCGGCGUGCAGUGCGAGCAGACGGACCGGUUCAACGUGUUCCUCCUCCCCUGCCCCAACCUGGACGUCUAUGGCGAGUGCAAGCUGCAGAUCACCCACGAAAACAUCUACCUCUGGGACACGCACAACCCCCGAGUGAAGCUGGUCUCCUGGCCCCUCUGCUCCCUGCGCCGCUACGGCCGCGACGCCACCCGCUUCACCUUCGAGGCCGGACGGAUGUGUGAUGCAGGAGAAGGUCUCUACACCUUCCAGACGCAGGAGGGUGAGCAGAUCUACCAGCGUGUGCACAGCGCCACAUUGGCUAUCGCUGAGCAGCACAAGAGGGUCCUGCUGGAGAUGGAGAAGAAUGUCAGGCUGCUGAACAAAGGCACUGAGCACUUCUCCUACCCCUGCACACCCACGACCAUGCUGCCCCGCAGCGCCUACUGGCACCACAUCACUGGCUCCCAGAACAUGGCUGAGUCCUCCAGCUAUGCUGGUUCAUCUUGCUGAAGCCAAAGUCCUCCAAAAGCGACAAGCCUGAAGACAGGGAGCCCACAUCGUCCCCAUGAGCUGGUGUGGGGGGACUGUGGCAGGGGUCCCCUUUUUCUUCUCCAAGGGGUGGCCAGGACGCAGGCAGUGACCCCUCAGAAUCUCCAGGAGACCGAGCUGGGGCAGCUGUAUGCCAAGGCCUUGGGAAGCAGGCACUGGCUCACGCCCUGGGCUGGCGUUAGUGGAGGCGAUGGCUGGCUCAGCCUCAACUGACUUCAAAUAUAUAUUGAAUACCUGUAUUGUAAGAGAUAUUUCCUUCUCACAUGAAUGCAAAUGUGGUGGCUGCUGAAGAGCCCUUGGGCAGAUGCCCAGAGGUUUUUGACUCUUAGGGAUCCAACUGGGAGGUGAAGAGAGGUGGGGGGUAGGGGGGGUCAAGAAAUUUGGAGUUUUCUGCUUGGCAGGAAGGCUGGAGCAUCACUCUGCCAUGGCCAUGGAGCAGCAUUGACGGAUGCAGCUAUGUCAGGCUGAUGGUGCAGGGUCCCACCCCUCCAUGAAGAGCAGGGUGCUUCUGAGGACACCCUGCCAUCCCUGAGCUGAUUUUUGCACUUCAAGCUAUUUAAACGCUUGCUGUAGAAUUGAUAUGUCUCAGGAGAAACUGGUUUUCCUUCCAGGGGGGUUGGUUGGGGUGAGUGGCCAGGCAGAGCCAAGCUCCCUGGCUUCUCCCACCCCAACACCCCUCACUCCUCCCACAGCUGUGUCCCCCUGCCAUGCCCCUGGUUUAUCUGCUGGUGGGCAACCAUGGGACUGGUUUUGGCCAGUAGCAUCUGUCUCUCAAGGGGCAGCUUUGUGGAUAUGAGAAACCCCAGGGCAGAGAAACCCAUGUGGAUGGGGAGAGAGCCACAUUCCUCUGUGCAUUCCCACAGCCCUCACUUCCUCCUCACCCACUGGGGGUGGAACUGGGCUUUAUGUGCUGAACUUAAAAAGCAAUUGAUUUUUUCUAGUUCUCCUAUUUAUUGACCUCCUUUAGAAGGGCUAUCUUUUUAUUGCUGUGCAAACCUUGGUGUUUCUUUGGAGUCUUCUUUCUGUCUGGGUUGGAUGCUUGGUGGUUUUAUUUCUGCCCUUUAAAGCUCCAGGUCCAUGUGUUGGGCACAGGGAGUGCUGUGAUGUGGGAAUCUGUGGUCUGUAAAUACUGUGUUUCAGGGUGGUGUAGCUUGUGGCUGAGGGGACAUGGGGACAGAGAAAGGCUGCUCCUUGCAGCAUGGCUGUACACAGAGGGGCUCUGGACCCUAGCACUGCCCUGGGGUUAGAGGUGGAACUUGCCCUCUUUUCCUGGCUACACACCUCAUCUGGAAAAGAUUUAACAUUUGUUACCAAAAAUGUUUGGGUUUUCUGUUUUUUAAGGAGUUGCUCAAUGAAUAAACAACCCUUAUCCACA